CUCGAGCGAGUACUGAGUGGUAACCACCAGCAGCGCUUUCGAAUUUACUUCUUGUGUAAAGUCACCAACACUCGUGUAUCAAAUAUGAAACUGUUCGUCGUCGUGUCGUCCUUGCUGGCCGUCGCCACCGCCGCACCAUCGGCCGCGAUCUACGCCACCUACGCUCAGCCCGCUCCGGCCCUGUACGCCACGGCCGCGGCACCACUGACGACGUAUGUGGCGGCCGGUCCGGCAGAGCUGCACAGCCAGUACCACGCACAGGACGAGCUCGGCCAGUACUCAUAUGGAUACAGUGGAGGACUGUCGGCCAAGGCGGAGUCCAAGACGUUCGAUGGCAUCACCCGCGGCUCCUACAGCUACCUUGACGCAGAGAACAAACUGCAGACCGUCGCCUACACUGCAGAUGCACUGAACGGAUUCCGGGUGGCCGCUUCCAACCUGCCGGUUGCUCCGGUCGAGACCCGCACCGCUCCGGAACCGGUUAAGGACACGCCCGAGGUAGCUGCUGCCAAGGUUGAGCACAUGGCCGCCAUUGAGGAGGCCAAGCUGCGUAACGCCGCCGCCGAGAAGGACGAGUCUGAGACGGUGAUUGCCGCUCCAGUGGCCUCGAUCGCUCCUGCCGCCAUCCCGUUGCCGGUGGCCACGUACGCCGCUGCCGCGCCCGCCUCGUUCUCUUACUCGACCCACUCGAUCGCGCAACCGAUCGCUGCCGCGUACACCUAUGCCGCCCCGGCUCCGGCCGCCAUCGAACUGAAGGCUCCUUCCUCCUUCGCGUACUCGACCUACUCCCAUGCCGCUCCGCUGGCCUACACCACCACCCAGUACGCCGCCGCCGCCCCGAUCGCCGCUCUUCCGGUUGCUCACACCUACGCCUAUCCGGCUGCCUCGUUCGCCACCCUAGCCCGCUCGCAGCCGCUUGCCACCGAAAUUGCGGCCGAGCUGCCUGAGCCGGUCCAGGACACGCCCGAGGUCGCCCAGGCUAAGGCCGAGCAUCUGAAGGCCGUCGCCGAGGCUAAAGCGCGCAGCCUGCAGUAAGCGAACAGGUUCACAAUCCACCACUGAACCGUGCAAUAGCGAUUUCCCUACACUCAACUACAAGAACACGCACCGGAUAACGAAAAAAGAGGCCUACCCGAGACGAUUGUUACGCCAGGAGAGAUAAUCUGUACAGAAACGUGUAGUCAGCAGGAGAAAGUGAAAAAAAAACACAAACAAACGCGUAUAAAAAGAGAGUUUUAAAA